AUGACGGCAUGUUCGGCGCUGCUCACCCGCUCCGCGGCGCGGCAGCAGCAAAAGGCCGAGCUCGCGACGCCGAACGCCUCUCUCGACGGCCGCUCCUCUCGCUGCAGCAACUCUGCCUCCCAGUCGGGCACGACUAGCGACGAGGAGGAGAUGGCGGAGGCGCUCGACCCGUGGGUCUGUCCGCUGACUCGCCAGCUGCCGGUCGACCCCGUCACCGCCGAGGAUGGCCACGUCUACGAGCCCCGCCUCCUCUCGCUCCACGUCUACCUCUUUGGCGAACAGUCUCCCGCGCGAUGA